AUGUGGAGGCCGGGGGCGGCCGGCGCCGUGCGCGUAGCACGGCGGGCGGCGGCAGCGGCGCGGCGGCGGAGCGGCGGCCCCGGGGGCGCCCCGCUGGCGGGGACGGCCGCCGCCGGCCGCCGCCAGACGCAGUUACCAUGUGCUUCAGAGGUGAAGAGCAAGACUGUUCAGUUCAUGAAUUUAAGAAAUGCAGGAACUCUGAAUGACACAAGCUCUUUAGAUGAGACCACUUACGAAAAACUGGCUGAAGAAACACUGGACUCCUUAGCAGAUUUCUUUGAGGACCUGACAGAUAAGCCCUUUACCCCAGAAGAUUAUGAUGUCUCUUUAGGGAGUGGAGUUCUAACAGUUAAAUUAGGUGGAGACAUGGGAACAUAUGUAAUCAAUAAGCAAACACCAAACCGGCAGAUUUGGCUGUCCUCACCCACUAGUGGGCCCAAGCGCUAUGACUGGACUGGACGGAAUUGGGUGUAUUCUCAUGACAGAGUAUCCCUUCAUGAACUACUAUCAAAAGAAUUUUCAACAGCGUUAAAAACUAAAUUGGAUUUGUCCUGCUUAAUAUAUUCUGGGAAAGAAGAUACUUGAUGAUAUUCUACCUCAUGGAAGUUUAAAGACUUUAACCACAAGCCAAGCCCUUCUUUGGUUUCUGAAGUACCUGAGCUUAAUUCUGUUGUUGUUUUUCUUGACAUCACUAUGUUGUGCAACAAAAAUGAAAAUAAUGUAUUUUUCUCUAGUGCUCAGUCUUUGGAUUUCUGUGUCACCGUUUGAAUCUGUGUCCAUGUAUUACAGGUGGUUGAGGUUGCCCUUCCUGUCACUGCACUUCUUUCUUUCUUACUGCAGAAGUAAGUCAUGAAUUCUUACUGACUGUAGUCUUGUUUGGACUGACCCAGCUGGUGGCUUCUGACUAGCGCACAAAUGCUAAACUUCUUUCGGUGAGACAUUCACCCCCAAAAAGAAAUGCCUGUGAAUCGUAUUGACAUAAGUUGUCGUCCUGUUAAUGCAUUGCAGUAAAAUUUGUGGCUACUGCGAGUGAAUAAUGCAUUACAGCCAAAUUAAACAUGUCAUAAACAAAUUACUGUGGCAGGUAGAAACUUUUCAUUUUGUAUCAUGCAUGUAAUAAUAUUUCAGAACUUGCACUUUUCUCCAAAUUCUGAAUUCUAGUUUCUUUCAUGUUAGGAUUUUUUUUUUUUUUUGAGCUAAACUUUAAAUUACUUAGAGGUCUGUGUGGCUGUAAUCAUCAUAUGGAACUGGAAAGGCUGGCAUGUGAUGUUUAAGUUGUGCAGCAAUAUCUCUGCAAACACUUCAUUCUGUUACUGUGGAUUUCUCUUUUUGAUCCCUUUUGUUCUUCAAACAGUAAAAAUGCAUAAUUUAUUGACCUUUUUUCUUUUAGUUGAGCAAAAUUUGCACUAAUUUUGUUCUGCUGCAUUUCUUAAGUAAGUGGGCUUAGAUUAUCUUUUUUCACUAUGAUACAACAAGGCUCCCCUUAGUACCGUGCUGAUGCAAAAACUUUUGCCUUUUUGCUUCUUAGAAUUGAGUAUAGUACUUAGGCUGAUGAAGCUGUCUUUUUCAGUCUGUUAAAAAAUGAGAAUGAAAUAAAUUAUAUGCUCUGGAUCUUAAACCAAAAAGCUUUAAAAGAAAUCGUGAACUGCAAGAAGAAUGCUUCAACACUUGGACUGUUGUAUUAUUACCACUGGUGGGAUUUAAUUGCCUAUAAAAUGGAAGCACAAAGUUGUUGACUAAUUCUUGAGGAAACAGUUAUACCAUACUUUUAUAAAUUGUUUAUCAAUAUAUGGAAAGAUGUUCAGUGCAAACUAUUUUUCUUCUUGGUUCCUCUGACGUUUGUGUUUAGUUUGGCAUGAUUCUCUGGCUAGCUAGAAUCAUUCAGAUGUGAUUAAUUUUGUCAUUGAAAAACAAUAGCUAUAUAGUAUUGUUGCCCAGUAAUUGCAUUUAAAGUAUAAGCGUUGAUACCUGCCAUUUUUCACCAUUAAAUAGAGAAUAACAUCGUACUAGAAGCAGCUCUUGGUUAAUUGUGCAUGCUGUUUGCAUGUUUUUCAAUCAAAAUAAAAAAAUAAAAAAUACAACAGUUAUCUGAAAUUUCAACGCUACUGGAUCAGGUAAAUACAAUGACUACCAACUCAUAUGAGUACAAGAGUAAAAGAUGUUUGGUUUUUUUUAACAAAGGAAAGCUAAAAAUAGAACAUCUUUUUACUGUUUUGAAUUUAGAAUACUGAAAAUAAUUUACAGCAUAUGGAAAAUGAUAGUAUUUAGCUCAAUCUCCUAGUCAUUCAAAUAGCUAUUUAAACACAUUUGUACAGAUGUUAACGACUUGAUAUUUCAAUCCAGGAUACUUCCUCCUGGUUCUUCCUUUGCCCAAUCAUGUAUAGCUUGUGUCAUUAUUUUUCUGAUUGACUUUUCAAAAAAUUAUUUUCUUAAGUAAUUUGCAUGCAACAUAUUCACUAACAUGCAUCUGAUUCAUAUUUGGAGGUUCAGUCUUCAUUCCCUUGCAUCUUGUGCAAAUAUUUAUACCAAAAUAAAGUUGCAUGUAGAAUUCUUAA